AUGAAUAGGGACGAAAUUUUAGCGCACCUUACCGAGGUGUUUGGUGAUCACAUCGAAUCGAAACGAAUUGCAGCAACGGUCGAGCUGUACGACGAUUUAAAUGCAUGUGUCGAGGCGCUACUAAAGGACGAAGAACAAAUUGCCUCGUCCUUUCCAGAUCUGGCCAGCACUGCCGACAAACUGCCCCUACCGUUUCCAAUCGACGCUGCCAACGAUCGGGCCGUUGCUGGACCGGAUCGUUCGACAGGCGCCACCCGGAAGCUAGUAAACACUGCCAAAAGCGACACCACAACAGAUAUGACUUCCAGCUUCGCUUCGCUGCUACAGAAAGGAAGCUUUCCGAUACAGUUCCAACAGCCACAAACACCCGGCAACAGCAGCAAUAGUCAUCGACCCAAGGGCCACGGGAAGCAUAAAUCCACCGAGCAGCAACCGGCCAAUUUUCAAACCAUCCUCGACAUGGUGGCUCAAGGUUAUCGCGUUAUGGUGCUGAUGCGUGGAGCACCGGGCAGUGGCAAAUCUACCCUAUCGCGUACGCUUAUCGACCACACUUCGGGGGGUGAUUAUCGUAAUCACAUUUUUAGCGCCGAUGAUUACUUCAUGCUGAACGGUGUGUACAAAUACCAACCCGAUGGGCUAGAAGCUGCGCAUCGCUUCAAUCAGCAAAACGUGCUCUCGAAGGCACGUGACGGUUGGAGCCCGAUCGUGGUGGACAAUACGAACAUACGGCUGUGGGAGAUGUAUCCGUACGUGCAGAUCGCGGCCGACCAUGGAUACUUUCUCGAUGUGCUUGAACCGGCGACACACUGGCGCAACAAUAGUCGGAGUCUUGCGAUACGCAACACGCACGGUGUGCCCGAGCCGAAGAUUCGGAACAUGUUGCAAAACUUUGAGAAGCUGACGAAUGUGCAGGAGCUGUAUCGGUUGUGUAAGCUCGAGCACGCUCUUUACAUUCCAUACAAAAUGCGCCACUAUCCGAUCCUGCCGAACGAUUUGAUGGUCCUGGACAAUGCGAAACCGACGGAAGCAAUCUCGAAGGCUAUACCGCAUCAGGCCACUACCAAAUGGGCCGAACCAUGGGCAGACAUGACCAAAGCCACGCAAGACAAUUUUAAACAAAUCCCUAACGGACCAAUUACCGACCUAGCCUCUUUACCGCCACCGAAACCACCGCGCGAUCCGCAGAAACUAAGCACACCGGUUAAAGGGGCCACAGCUCGAUAUAAAUCGACGAUUGACGAAGAGAGCGAACUCGGUGCGACCGGUGGAAAAUGCAAACAAUUUGACGAAGAUGAUUUUUCCUGGGACUUUGCCGACGAUUGGCGUAAAUCGGACACCAACUGGAAUCCGUACGACACGGAAAGCAAUCAGUUCUGGGGCCAAACAGCAGCGGCCGCGUUCGAGGAAAAGCAAAAGAAAAAACCCCAAACGUUGGAUGUUUUAGCGCUGGAAGCCCAACCACAGCGACCAACUAACCCGAACCACGAACCGAUUGCCGAAUUUCUUCUUUCGAGCGUCAAGGAACCGACCAAGCUGCCGAGCAAAAUUCCCGAGCAAGCCACACAAAAGUCACCUCCUCUACUGCAACCGACCACCAAGGAGAAGCAAUCGAAAAAGAGCGAUAUGAAACGGAUCGCGCUUACGAAACACAAACGUGGCUGUCCGAAUGAAAAUACGGCCUUUUCGGAAAUUUGUAACCUCUACCCGAAGGUGCCGGAACCGUACCUGUGGGAUCUGUUCGAGAAGUGCAGUGGCGAUGGUGAUUGGGUUGCGGACAUACUGCUCGAGGAACAAAAGUUGGAAAACUUUGAAAAUGCUCUCGAGCAACAGCAUAGUCGUGAAGGAACCGAAGGUACGACGGUUGAUGCGCUAACCGACACGACGUUCCGGUGGAAUCUGCUCGACUGUAACUGUAACGAGCAGAUAGCAAAGACCGUUUCGACGACUGCUCCACCAACAUUGCCAUCGGCUCUACCCAAAGUGGACACCGAAACAGACCAAGGCCUUGCAUCGGCAAACUGUAUGUCAACCGGCUCAUCAGGCCAUCAGUCACCGCGGGAAACGACGCGUCGUGGUCAGGGACAACGAGAAACGGUACAAGCAAUCAAGCGUGAAAUUGAGGCUCGUUUCGUCCUAGGGAAUGAACACUUUUCCGAACCGAUACGAAAAUUGCGUCUUGCUAGACGAAUCGUCACAGCUGCUGAUGAAUCUCCCCCCGGUGAGAUGCUUGAUUUGGAAGCAUCCGAAAAGGCAGCCGAUAGUGAGGUAGUAGAGCUGCAGCUCGGCGUAGAACUAGUCCAGCAACUGCACACCAUCUUCAAAGACAAACAUUGCACCGAUUCACUCGAACUGGACGACCUACAGUCCGACCGAACCCGUGUAUUUAUGGCCACGGAAAUGGCUGAACAGAUGUACCUUCUUUUCCUCGAUUCGCUCUACAGCUACACCGAGGAGCAGAAACUGCACAGCUUACGAGAAGACGCUCGUAUGGCGCAACUAAUGCAGACGGAGGAAAAAUAUCCCGCACUGUUCAAACCACCCAAUCCGUCCGGUGUUCCCAACCUCAAAGACAUCAUCGAAAUGGAGCAAGCACUCGCCGCCUAUCAGAAGGAAACAAACGCCACCUGGCAGCAAGACGGGCCACCCGAUCUUGCCCAACAAAUGUCCCAACAAAAGCUUAAAGAAAUGUUCCCACACGUAAAUGGUGAGGAUUUGGUACAGAUACUGGCCGCACAUAACAAUCGCUUCGAUGAAACGGUACAGGUGCUGAAUGCCUCCAUUCCCGACACCUUCCGACAGCAGAUGCUCGAAAAGGAAGAACUGCUAAAACAGCGGGCAGAGAACGAAAAGCAAAAGCUGCUCGAUCUCUUCAGCUCACCCGCCUUCGCAUCGCCGUCACCAACCGGAUCGAGCCUGUCCGGUGAACAAGCGAUAAACUUCCAUCUGAUCAAGGCGGAAGAGUGUCGCAAUCUGGCACAGCAUCAUCUCGACCUAAAGAACGAAUGUCACCAAAGGGCACGGCAAGCGAUACAGCGCAAUGUGCCUGGGCUGGCCGACUACUAUUCGCAGAUUGCGCGCCUACACCGGACCAAGAUCGACAUGUACAACAGCAGGGCAUCGAACUGUAUUAUGGAGGUGCACAAGCUGAAGCUGAACAAUGACGCUGUACUGGAUCUACACUAUCUCCACUCGCAGGAAGCGUUACGCUGCCUGGAACUGUUCCUGGCCGAACAUGCCUCGAAGCUGCUCAACUCACAACAGCGCUUCAAGACGCUGUACAUCAUCACCGGCCGUGGGUUACAUUCGGCCGAUGGCAAGCCGAUCAUCAAACAGCGCGUGAAAGCGUUACUUCGAGAAAAGAACAUAAGAUACACCGAACUGAAUCCAGGAUUUCUGAAGAUCAAGCUCUACAAUCGGGACGAUCUGGAGCAGCUGAUGAUGAUGGAGGAAUCCUAACGAGAGC